UGAGCGGUGGGGAACCGGCGCAGUGAGAUUAGCCUCGGUGCGUCCGUCCGGCCGGGCUGUGGUUCCGACGCCGCGGUCCUCGCCUCGCUGCUCCCCGAGCCUCUGGUCCUCGGUCUGGGAGGGCCGGAGCCCGCAGUCUCCCUCCUCCUCCUCCCUCUCGGAGGCUGUUUCGUUGACUUUGAUGUAGUGACUCGGGAGUUGAAGUUCUCUUCGAUCCUUCCAUGUCAUUUUUUAAUUAACACUUUGUGGCUGGGAUAAACGUGUUCCUCCUUCCUCUUUCUUGAAGGCAGGUACCAACAUCCAGAUUAAAAAUCAAGAAACAAACCAGAUACAGCAAUUUCUUGACAUGGAGAACCAAGCCCAUAAUACAAUGGGAGCUUCUCCUUGUGAGGCCGAACUUCAGGAAUUAAUGGAACAAAUUGACAUCAUGGUAAGCAACAAAAAAUUGGAUUGGGAAAGGAAAAUGCGGGCUUUGGAGACACGAUUAGAUCUUCGGGAUCAAGAGUUGGCAAAUGCACAGACUUGUUUGGAUCAGAAAGGUCAAGAGGUGGGGUUACUUAGACAGAAGUUGGAUAGUCUGGAAAAAUGUAACUUGGCAAUGACGCGAAAUUAUGAAGGACAACUGCAAACCCUAAAAGCUCAAUUUUCCAAACUGACGAAUAGCUUUGAAAAACUGAGGCUACAUCAGAUGAAACAAAGUAAAGUUCGGCGAAAGGAGUCACCACACCUCAAAGAAGAAAUACCCUUUGAGCUGAGCAAUUUGAACCAGAAAUUAGAGGAAUUUAGAGCAAAGUCAAGAGAAUGGGACAAGCAAGAGAUACUAUAUCAGACUCAUCUGGUUUCUUUAGAUGCUCAACAAAAAUUAUUAUCUGAGAAGUGUAAUCAAUUUCAGAAACAGGCACAAAGUUACCAAACUCAACUAAGUGGUAAAAAACCAUGCACAGAAGACAGCAGCUCAGAAGAUCCUCGGUUGAUGUGUGAACCAGAUCACAGUUGCGAAACCAGUGAAAGAGAUGAGUUCAUUAUUGAAAAACUAAAGUCAGCUGUGAGUGAAAUAGCAUUCAGCAGGAAUAAGUUACAGGAUGAAAACCAGAAGCUCUUACAAGAACUGAAGAUGUACCAAAGACAAUGCCAGGCCAUGGAAGCAGGACUCUCAGAGGUGAAAAGUGAGUUGCAGUCACGUGAUGAUCUCUUGAGAAUUAUUGAAAUGGAACGAUUGCAGCUGCACAGAGAAUUAUUAAAAAUAGGAGAGUGCCAAAAUACUCAAGAAAAUAAAAAAAGAGUUGAAUCCUCUUAUUCACCUUCUACUAAAGAACUAGAAAGGAAAAGGAAAGAGCUGUUCUCAGUGACCCUAGAUCAACAAAAUCAUGAAAAAGAAUUGAAUAAGAUAAGAAGCCAACUCUAUCAGGAGGAAGAGUACCAUGGCUCUGAGCAGGAAAGAAUGAGGAAUGAAAUCUCUGACCUAACAGAGGAGCUCCAUCAGAAGGAGAUCACUAUAGCAACUAUCAUGAAGAAAGCUGCCCUUCUGGAAAGACAGCUAAAAAUGGAGUUAGAAAUAAAAGAAAAAAUGUUAGCAAAACAACAGGUCUCAGAUAUGAGAUAUAAAGCUGUCAGAACUGAAAACACACAUCUGAAAGGAAUGAUGGGCGAUUUAGACCCUGGACAGUACAUGACAAGUGAAAUUACUGAUGUUAAGAGUAUGGACUUCACUAACAGGGAACAUUCAAGGCAUACAUCUAUUAACAAACUAGAAUAUGAGAAUGAAAGGCUCCGAAAUGAUCUUGCAAAACUUCGUGCCAAUGACAAAUCAGCAUGGGCUAACCAAAAUACCUAUGAAGAAAUGGGACGAUACACCUAUCAAAACCAAAUAAAAAUGGAAAAACAUGAAGAUAGACUUAGCCAAGAUCGUGAGCCAAACAGAAGUGCAACGCCUCCACUGCCACCUUUGCCAUUUCAAACCAAAGAAAUGACGAGUCCCCUGGUUAGUGAUGAUGAAGUGUUCCCGCUGUCUCCCCCAGAUAUAGUCUUCCCAGCCUCUUUGGCUGCACAGCAUUAUCUCCUGGAGGAAGAGAAGCGAGCAAAAGAAUUUGAGAAACUUCUAAAUACACAUAUUGAUGAACUGCAAAGACAUACAGAAUUUACUCUUAAUAAAUACACGAAGCUAAAACAAAAUAGACACAUAUGAGCUUUUAAACUCUUUCAUUUGCUUCCCCACCCCAAGAAAAAAAAGCUCUGGCAAAAUAUUGACAAAGCUGAAUAAUGAAACUGAGAAAUUUUGUUCUGUUUUCUUAAGUAAAUCGUUUCUGUCAGGUAGCCAGAAAAUAGUAAGUAUUUUGUUCGAUUAAGCUGUUUGUAUUUCUACAUUUACAUAAUAAAUUGUUUGGCUCUAGAGUUACUAUAAGAUAAACAUGACUACAAAAGAGAUUUUUUUUUCCCAGUCUAAGGAAUAUUGUGGAAUUAAAUAGGGGUUUUUAUCCCCACUUGAAUCAUGUAUACUGAAUACCCAUUUCCUCUGUAACAACACAAAACCAGGGAAAGGGAAUGUCACAUUCCAAAUAGCACACUGAGUGCGGCUCAGUUGUACUAGGUUUGAAAACUCAAGGAUUUUUAAAAAUGAGAAGCAUUAUUUUGAGCCAUGUGAACAUCCUAAAAUUUCUUUUAGGGAAAAAAAAAAAAAAAAGCAUAGCUUUACUGGUUCUGCAUUCAUCCUUGUAAUGUUUUAACACAACGUUUUAA